AUGCCGACGAAAGCUUUGGGAGAGACUCUGAAGGAGUACAUGGUCGUCGGUCGUAAGCUGCCAACUGAGAAGGAGCCAGUGACCCCUAUCUGGAAGAUGCAAAUUUUCGCUUCCAAUCACGUUAUUGCUAAGUCUCGAUUUUGGUACUUUGUCUCUAUGCUUCGUCGAGUGAAAAAGGCAAAUGGCGAGAUUCUGUCUUGUAAGCAGAUCUUCCCCAAGAAACAAGCCGGUUCAGUGAAGAAUUAUGGCGUGUGGCUGAAAUACGAUUCUCGUACCGGACAUCACAAUAUGUACAGAGAGUAUCGUGAUGUAACCGUGGCUGGAGCAGUUACUCAAGCCUACAGGGAUAUGGGAGCUCGUCAUCGUGCUCAGGCUGAUCGUAUCCAUAUCCUUAAGGCAGCAACUAUGGGCGAUAUUCCCGAGGGAGACUAUGAGAAGGGCAAAAAGGUCUUCAAGCAGAGAUGUCUUCAAUGUCACGUUGUCGACUCGAAAGCCACCAAGACUGGCCCAACCCUUCACGGAAUCAUUGGACGUAAAUCUGGAACAGUCGAAGGGUUCGAUUACUCCGCCGCCAACAAAAACAAGGGAGUAAUAUGGUCGCGUGAAACAUUGUUCGAGUACCUCCUGAAUCCUAAAAAGUACAUCCCUGGAACAAAGAUGGUGUUCGCUGGAUUGAAGAAAGCCGACGAGCGAGCGGAUCUCAUUAAAUACAUUGAAGUAGAAUCAGCAAAGCCUGCCAGCUAG